AUCUCCGGCGCUACGAGUACGAGUGCGACGGAAAUUCAUUAGAGAAGAAGGUACACAAAACAUUAUUGUGCUAAACAGACAUGUAUUAAGUCGAAUUUUCACACCGAGUCGAAUUUAAUAUCACUUUAUUUACGUCCGUAGUGCAAUUGCGAACUUUAAUACGCGUUUUUUCAGUUUCGGUAUCUGUGCGAUUAAUUUUUCUACCAAUUUGUUUUCGUCCAGAGUUCCUCAAAACACCUCGUCAACUACUCGGAAAUAUUAACCUGUUGUGCAGUUUGCUACUCGAUCGAGAUGCAUUUAUCAAGCAGUAAUUGGAUCUAGGUGAGUUCUGGUUGAAUUUGCACGGUGUAUUGAGUAGAAAUAAGUGAAGAUGAAAAUGCCCAAGUGUUGAAAUAGAACCGAGGAACAGAUCCGACCAGGCUUAGUACAGCACACGCUCUCAGGAAUUAAUUCCAUCUAGAGCGGCGACGGCGGUGACAACAGCGCCGGAUUCGUAGAAAGGCGAAAAACUCGUACUAAAACAUGGACGACGCUGCUGGAAAAAAGCAAGCUACUAGAGUUUUCAAGAAAAGUUCACCAAAUGGAAAGAUCACCGUGUACCUGGGUAAACGAGAUUUCGUCGACCAUGGCGACCAUAUUGAUCCAAUCGACGGAGUGGUGCUUAUUGACGAAGAUUACAUGAAAGAUAGAAAAGUUUUCGGCCAUAUUUUGGCCGCUUUUCGAUAUGGCCGAGAAGAUUUGGAUGUACUCGGGUUGACAUUCCGAAAGGAAUUAUUUCUAGCCGCCGAACAAAUCUACCCACAGAAACAAACGCCAGAACGACCACUAACCAGAUUACAAGAAAGACUAAUGAAGAAACUAGGCACUCACGCGUUCCCAUUCUACUUCGAAUUACCGGCGCAUAGUCCGACUUCGGUGACUUUGCAACCGGCUCCGGGCGAUACGGGUAAACCAUGCGGAGUCGAUUAUGAACUUAAAGCAUUCGUAGGCGAAUCAGUGGACGAUAAACCGCACAAAAGAUCGCAGCAGAAGGCGUUGCAAUCGACUUCGGAAGAUGAACAUUCAUCCUCAUUAAAUUCAGUAAGAUUAGCGAUUAGAAAAAUAAUGUACGCGCCCAGCAAACAAGGCGAACAACCGUCCAUCGAAGUUAGCAAAGAAUUCGUCAUGAGUCCGAAUAAAUUACAUUUGGAAGCAUCUUUAGAUAAAGAGUUAUAUUACCACGGAGAAAGCAUUAACGUUAACGUGCACAUAGCAAAUAAUUCCAACAGAACGGUUAAAAGAGUUAAAGUUUCCGUUAGACAAUUCGCCGAUAUUUGUAUUUUUUCGAUGGCCCAAUACAAAUGUACAGUAGCUGAAGUUGAGAGCGACGCCGGUUGUCCGGUCGGUCCAGGGUUUACCUUGUCCAAAGUGUACACGGUGAAGCCAACUUUAAUGAAUAAUAAAGAUAAACGAGGCCUCGCAUUGGACGGCCAAUUAAAACACGAAGAUACAAAUUUAGCUUCGUCUACCAUAAUUACCGAUGGAAUACCUAAAGAAAAUCUCGGCAUUGUUGUUCAGUAUAAAGUCAAAGUUAAACUAUGUUUGGGUCCUUUAGGAGGAGAUUUAGUAGCAGAACUUCCAUUCACGUUGAUGCAUCCGAAACCGGAAGAAGAAGCGCCGUUAAUUUCACUAUCUCCGGCACCGAAUGGCAACGCAGAAAGUGAUAACAUUAGCGAUUCGUGUACAAUUCCUAUUGAAGAUAAUUUAAUACAACUCGAUACCGACUGCGACGAUAAACCAGGAGACGCGGACGACGACAUAAUCUUCGAAGAUUUCGCACGUCUACGAUUAAAAGGCUCCGAUGGAGAUGCUUAGUCGAUCGUUACAACGUAUAAUAUUAUUAAUUAUUAUUAUAUUAUUUCAUUGUUGCUGUGGUAUUAGCGUCGUUGUCAUCGCCGCCAUCGCCAUCGCCACCGCCGCCGUUCCGAAAAAAUCUCUUAUCAACGUGAAAAUACCUAUCUUAUAAUUAAUUAAUUACCCAUUUAACGCGGCCCAUCUUCUGAAACAAUUGGCCAUCGACUGAUAAUCGAAUCACAAGUGAAGGCCGGUGCAGAGAUAUAUACUUAGAUAAUUUUCGCAAUUGCAAUUGGGAUUCAUAUUCGUAUACCUUUGUGUGGAAUCGGGUUGCACUUUUACAAGAUAUUUAUUACCACUUUUUAUAUUUUUCUUGAUGAAAAUCUUUCCAUGUUCUGAAUGAUAAAAUAUGUAUAAGUAAAAAUUACCAUUGAAUUUUCUGCAAAAAAAAAAAAAAAUGACCAGUGUUGUGAAGUUCACAACUACAUUUAUGCUGCAAGGAUGUGGGUUUUAAAUGAAUCGAUGUUUCGAAUUCGUUAUUUAUUUUCUCGAAUUGAUUUUAUUUAUUUUUACGAACAAAAACAACGAUUUUCGUUACGAAAAUGUUUAAUUUUUCCAUAUUAUAAUAAGUACGUGGAAUUCGGUUAUACUUACUUUAUUUAAUGUCCGUCGACUGGACUUACACGAUCGUUGUUUUUUUCCUUAAUUUAUUCGCGUGCUGCUGGAAGAACAGCGAACAUUUUCGUAACGCUAUAAAUAAUAAAAAAUAAACUGCCUCGAGUGAAAAUAAACUGAGAAAAAAAUUGAAAUAAUCGCACAAAGAAAAACUGUUUUAUAAUUGGCUUUUUAAUAAUUGUUUUUAUCGUUUGUUUUUGAUUUUAUUUUUCUUCGUUUAUAUAUUCUCGAUGUGUUAAUUUCUACCAGAAUAAUGUGUAUAAAAAAAAUGCAUUUUUAUUACAUAAAAAAAAAACUAAUUUCCAUUUCAUGUAUUUUAUCGAAACUCAAAUUCACUAGUCUUAAUAUCAUGAAUUUUUUUGUAUUUUUAUUUAUUAUAUCACUUAUUUACAUUACUAUUCUGUAUUCUGUUAUACGUCGAUUGUUUUAUCAAAUUUAUUUUUAGUUUUUAUGUGUAUUUUUCCUUCAUUUUAUUUUCCUCUUUUUUUUUACCUACCUACCUACCUACCUACCUACUGUUUUAUUUAUUUUACAACAAUUCUUGUAAAACGGACACGAUUUUAAUGGAAUAAAUUACGUGGCUCUCUUUGAUGUUUAAA